AUGAGCUAUCUAAGCAGAACCCUUAUUCAUCCGCAAGUGGAAGCACGUCUUGGCAGCCCCGAUGCAGCGGCUGGCACGAAUCGUGUCAAUUGGCCCAUACUGGUUGAUGAUCACUUGAUUCAGUAUCCCUUUUUCCUAGCGCGUACGUCAAUUCCUAAUGAUAACAACAACUGGUAUAGUCCACUCAAUCCACCUGGACUCAUCAAAAUUAACAAAGUCAGCACAGAGCACGACUUCACGGACACGCUAUCUUCGCUGCCCACCCAUACGACCAAUCCCUGGUUUCCGGAUGAUCCACCGAGUGGAGACCCGGGCAGGCACGACGUGGUGGACGCGGCCAUUCUGGUGACCUGGUCCGCUGCACCGCCAGAAGAUGGCCUAAUGAUUGCCUAUCGGGUCUACCUGACUCGCAACAUCUACCAGAACAAUGCCCAGUGGAAGGAACACAUUGUGCCCGGUGACCAGAACUCCACC